AUGUCGGCGGAUAUUGUUUCCACCCUCGAUGCAAUUCAACCAAGCCAAUUCACAGCGCCAGCUGACCGCUUUGCUGCCAAAGAAGCAGCUCGUCGCCUUCUCGCCCGCCUUGAGACACCCUUUGAGCAAGGCUGGGCCAUCGCCUUCGAAGGCCCCGGCCUCGUUGCCGGCCUUCAGCUGCUUCAAGACCUCGAUAUCUGGUCGAAGUGGACCGAGGCCGAUACGCAAACUCCAGGCGCAGCACAGACGCUUGACACGCUUCUCGGCUGGGCUCAUACAGCCUGCGAGCCGAACCUGUUGCGUCGCUUUCUCAAACACAUCGCUGCCCUUCACGUGAUCCAGGAGGUGGGCGUGGAUACAUGGCAGUCCACGCCCACCUCCUUGGCUCUGGGCGCUAAAGAGACGCAUAUCGGCGAAAUAAUCAAGGCGGGCUUGGAUCAUUCCAUUCCCUGUGGCCGGAACCUUGCGGGCUUUCUGGCCAACAAUGGCUACAAAGAGCCGCUUGACAUUCCUUCCUUUGACAACUACCGCGAUGUCUUCGGGCGGGACCUCUUUAGCUACGUCCAAGAUCACCCCGAAGCAGGUGGCUCGUUCCAGGGUGUCAUGACGGCGGUGACUCAAUACAAGAUGCUCUGGACGGACGUCUACGAUACCCAGCCCCUCGUGGCCGGCGCUGACCUGACCAAGCCACUUUUCGUCGACGUGGGUGGCGCUCAAGGCCUCGACGCCCAACGCUUGCUCGACCGCCACCCCGAGCUCCCGCCCAACGUCCUCAUUGUCCAAGACCUGCCUGAAGUGGUCACCACGCAUGGCAAGGAGAGACUAGACAGCCGAAUCCGCAAGAUGGCGCACGACUUCUUCCAACCGCAGCCAUCACCGCGCCGCGCCUACUUCUUCCACGCUGUGCCGCACGACUGGCCCAAUGCCGACGUGGCGCGCAUAUUUGCCGAGGUGAAGAAGGUCAUGACGCCGGGGUACUCCAGGCUGCUGAUCUACGAAAUCGUACUACCCGCACAAGGCGCGACGCAUUUGAUGACCACGCUAGACCUGGCCUUGAUGAGCUGCACCAGUGGGCUGGAAAGGACCGAGGAGGCGUGGAGGGCGCUGUUGAAGGAGGGCGGGUUUAAGGUCACCAGCAUCUCGCGGCACCCAAUGGCUGUGGAGGGCGUCAUCGAUGCUGAGAUUGAAUAA